AUGAAAAGGGUAGCAUUAAGGAACUUCGCUGCUAUACUGCCCGUCCAAUGGACAAGUCUCGCUGCAGGCCAACCUUCAUCAACUGAAAAUGACAUCCUCAAAUAUGUCAAUCCCCUGAUCGGCUCCACCAACGGCGGCAAUGUCUUUGCAGGCGCAAGUCUCCCCUACGGCAUGGCCAAAGCCGUCGCCGACGUCGACGGCCAGAACACCGGCGGCUUCGCAACAGACGGCAGCCAUGUCAUCGGGUUCUCAAGCAUGCACGACUCUGGCACAGGGGGUAAUCCCUCGCUAGGCAAUUUCCCCCUCUUCCCGCAGUAUUGCCCAGACGAUGUGCUGGAUAACUGCCGCUUUCCGAAAGCUGCGCGCGGAGUGCACUAUGUCAAUGAGUCGGUUGUUGCGCGGCCCGGGCACUUUGCCCUUGCGCUGGAGAAUGGGAUUCAAGCUGAGAUGACGGUGUCGGAGCAUGCGGCUCUGUACCGGUUUACCUUUCCAUCGUCCACAGCGCAGGACGGGUCGGAGCUCAGUCCGCUGAUUCUGGUUGAUUUGACGGACGCAUGGGAUAGCCGGCAGAAUGCGUCUAUCAAGGUCGAUGCUGAGAAUGGUCGGAUCACGGCCAAUGGGACGUUCUUGCCUAGUUUCGGGGCCGGGUCGUAUGUCUCGUACUUUUGUGCGGAUUUCGGGGGUGCGGCUGUGAAGGACAGUGGGAUUUGGGUUAACGACCGUGCGGGGACCGAGCCUCAGGAGCUGUUUGUCACGCGGGGAUUCAAUCUGUUCUAUCUGCAGGCCGGUGGGUUUAUGAGAUUCAAACGGCCCGAGGAUGGGACGGUUACUGCGUGUGAGAAUGCAGAGAAGGAGAUUCCUCAUCCUGAACACGACUUCGAUACGCUGAGGCAGCGGGCUGAGAGUGCAUGGCGGGAGAAGCUCAGCCCUGUCUCUGUGCAGGCGGGAGGCGUGAGUGAGGACUUUCUCGAGAGCUUCUGGAGUGGCGUGUAUCGGACCAUGCUGUCUCCUCAGGACUUGACGGGCGAGAACCCGCUCUGGCGCAGUGAUGAACCGUACUACGAUUCCUUCUACUGUAUCUGGGACUCCUUUAGAGCCCAGCACCCAUUUCUCACCGUUGUUGACCCUGUCGCACAGUCGCGGAUGGUACGAAGUCUCCUCGAUACCUACAGGCAUGAAGGUUGGUUGCCGGAUUGUCGUAUGAGUCUUUGCAAGGGCUGGACGCAAGGCGGAUCCAACGCGGAUGUCGUCCUGGCAGAUGCUUUUGUCAAGAACCUUACCGGGAUCAAUUGGGACCUCGCGUAUGAGGCCAUGGUCAACGACGCGGAGAACGAGCCCUUGGAAUGGUCGUACGAAGGUCGAGGUGGCCUGCAGAGUUGGAAGCGUCUGAACUACAUUCCUUACCUGGAUUUUGACUACCUCGGCUUUGGGACCAAUUCCCGCAGCAUCUCACGUACUCUGGAGUAUUCCUACAACGACUUCAGCCUGGCCAUGGUUGGACGAGGUCUGCGCAAGCGUGACUAUACCAAGUAUCUCUCUCGAGCGAGCAACUGGCAGAACCUCUACAAGCCAGAUCAACAAUCCCUGAUCAACGGCACCGACACCGGCUUCGUCGGCUUCUUCCAACCGAAGUACCUGAACGGAACUUGGGGCUACCAAGAUCCCAUCGCCUGCAGUGCCCUGGCCUCAUGGUGCUCACUAACCUCCAAUCCCUCCGAGACCUUUGAGUCCAGCGUCUGGGAAUACCAAUUCUACGUCCCCCAUGACAUGGCCACCCUAAUCCACCUCCUCGGCGGCCCAGACACCUUCAUCUCCCGCCUCGACUUCUUCCACACCUCCGGCCUAGCAGACAUCGGCAACGAGCCCGUCUUCCUAACCGUCUUCCAAUACCACUACGCCGGCCGGCCGGCCCUCUCCGCCGCGCGCGCUCACACCUACAUCCCCUCCGCCUUCAACGCCUCCACAUCCGGCAUCCCGGGCAACGACGACUCGGGGGCCAUGGGCGCCUUCACCGUCUUCACGAUGAUGGGCCUCUUCCCCAACCCCGGUCAGAACACCGCGACGAUACGGAAUGUCAAUUUCGAUAGUUCCUACCGGAGGAUAUAUAUCCAGAGUGCGAGGCUAAACGGGGAGCCGUAUACCAAGAAUUGGAUCGGUCAUGAGUUUUUCACGGAGGGGUGGACGCUCGAGUUGACGCUGGGUGAGAAGGAGAGUGAUUGGGGGACUGGUGUGGGUGAUCUGCCACCGAGUCUGGGGGAGAGUAUGCAUCUAUGGAAUUAA